UGUAGUUUCAACUGGUGCCUCACUCGUAUUAUCACAGAGCCUUAAAUUUUCGUAAGAACAAGUUUAUUCAAGUUUUGUAUUUCAAUCAAUUAUGCAAACUAUUUUUGUCCCAAGAUUAAAAAGAAAAAGUUUAUAAUAGAGUAAAAAAAAAACGAAGAUAAUAAUAAUAUAAGCAACAGGCAGGGUCAUGAUAUUUAUGUAAAGUUCAGUGAAAUAUACAUAAAUUAUGAAGUCCUAAAAAAUGAGACUUCCUAAGGAUGAAGCUUCAGAUAUUAAAGAAGAAGAAGAGGAAGCGGUGGAAAAUAAUCAGGAUGUAAUAGACCCUAUAAAUGAUGAAAAUACUAGUGUUCCAUUGGAUAUUGAUUUGGUAUCAUCAGCUCUUCCAUUGACUCUUUAUGAACGUUUCUUACAUACAAAGCACAUUGUAGUAAAUGCAAUAGCAGCGCAUCAUACUUUUAUGAUUUACGGUCGUGCCAAAGUUAUUCGAGAGUGUUUGCUCAAACGAGGCUGGGUUGAAAAAUUUUAUCGAAGGAAUAGUAAUGGUGAACGAUCGAGACACAAAAAUUUGAUCGCCCGUGCGUAUCGUCGCUCACGAACACGGAAUGUUUUUUCUGAUCAACAAUAUGAGCAGCAACAACAACAGGAGAGAAUUCAAUCACAUCCUCAACAACACUUUGGAGUAGAUUCAAGUCCUGUAGUUCUACUUUCUGGAAUCGGUGAUCUUAAGGAUGAGAAAAGUCAACAAUUGCUAAUUUCAAAAAUGCUUGCUAAUUAUACUGUUAAUUUUUUGUGGAAUUCUGGAUCAGAUUGGUCCGGAUGGCCAUCACAAGACAACAAAACAACUAUUUUCAAUCGAUAUUCCAGAGCAGGGUUUACUUCUAAGGUUGGAUUGUGUUCAAAUGUUCGACAAAUGCAUUGGUAUUAUGAACCGGGUGUUGCUAAUACUCUUUUUCCACGAUGCUAUAAUAUUUGUCAAGCAGAUCAUUUACAUGCUUUUAUUGAGGACUUUAGGCUCACUGCUUGUCUCAGUUUAUUAAAAUGGUUAGUAGAGAAAAUUGAUAAUGAGGGAGAAAGUAUAACGGUAUCAUCAUCUGGCUCAGUACCUUUGAAGGUAUUAGAUUUUGCAAUACGACGUUGUAGUGAUUUUAUUGCAGUUCAAUCACAUGAAGAUAUUGAUAAAGAAAGUGAACGAGUUUGGUCACAUCAAUGGGAUCAAUUUAUUUCUUGGUAUUAUAAAAUUGUACAUAAUGAAUCUAUUUUUCAUGGUACAGAUAUAACUUUUCAAAAGUAUAUCACUGCUGCAAAACAUAUCUUAAGAAGAAUAAGAAAAUACUGGCAACAAUUAGAUAUGGAUGGAAUAUUGAGUAUAUGGAUAUUAAAGCCAGGAAAUCGUAGUCGUGGUCGUGGUAUUGUACUGAUGAAUAAAAUUGAAGAUAUUAUAGCUAAAAUUAGUCCGGCAAAUAAAUCAGAUACACGCUACGUCGUACAAAAGUACAUUGAAAGACCGUUACUAAUAUACAGUACGAAAUUUGACAUCCGACAAUGGUUUAUCGUGACUUGCGCUCAGCCUUUAACAUUAUGGAUGUACAGAGAAAGUUAUUUACGAUUUUGUUCACAAGAGUUUCGUCUGAAUAAUCUUCAUGAAUCAAUACACUUAAGUAACCAUGCUGUUCAAUGCAAAUAUAAAAAUAGUCCAAAUCGUGAUAAAGCGCUUCCCAUUGAAAACAUGUGGGAUGCAACAACAUUUAAACAAUUUCUCAAAUCUCAAGGUCACAGCGAUGCUUGGGAUGAAUUAAUUUAUCCAGGAAUGAAACAAAGCCUUGUUGGUUCUUUAUUAGCUAGUCAGGAAGCAAUGGAUCGUCGAAAAAAUAGUUUUGAAUUAUAUGGUGCAGAUUUUAUGGUAAUGGAAGAUUUUUCAGUAUGGCUAAUUGAAAUUAAUAGCCAUCCAGAUAUGAGUUACAGUACAAAUGUAACAACUCGAUUGUGUAAGCAGGUCAUGGAAGAUACAAUUAAAGUUGUUAUAGACUUUCGGGAGGAUAAAAAUGCAAAUACCGGUCUGUUUGAGUUGGUUUACAAACAACGAAUGUCAAACUGUCAACCUUAUCUAGGUACUGCAUUAUCUAUUCAAGGAACACGUAUAAAUUGCAGCGAGAAAAAAUUAACUAGUGUGGAUACAAAAAUUAUUUCAAAAUUUCCAUCGAAUUGUAUAUCAAGAAAAAAACCUACCGAUUAUAAUCAUAUUGGACCAGUAAUUGUUGAUCUUAUUGAAGAAUUAGAGAUCCAAAUAGAUCACGAAUUACAUUCAUAUUAUAAAGAAAACACUUCGAAUGAUUCUAGUUAUUCAACACCAAUUAUAACGUCUUCUAUUGUUCCAUCACCACAAAAUUCACUAGCUCUUGCACCUGUUGAUGUUGAAGGCAAUCCUAGUCCUAAACAUUCAAAAACUUUUAAAAAUUUUGGAACUAGUUCUCAAAAAAUAUCGCCAUCUCGAAAUAUUCAGAAGAUAUCUAAAAGUAGUCGAAUUAGUUAUUCGUCACAGAAGCCAUUAAUGAAAUCAAAAAUUGAUAACGAAAUACUGAAGAAAUCUAAUACAAAACAAAAUAUGAUACCAAAAGCAACAAUCAAUCAACGUCAAUUAGCUAAAACAGCCGGUAAAUUAAGGACAGAAAAAGUUGCGAAAAAAUCGAAUGAGGAUGAAAAGCUUAUGGAAAAAACUAUGCGUAGUGCUAUAAAUAAAUAUAAAAAGUAUGACAUCAUCCCUUUAGAAGUAUCGCCACUGCCAUCGCUUAUAACACCACGAAAAUCAGGCAACCGCAUAACUAGAUCCUUUAUUAAUAGCAAGAUAAAAAAUAAUUCGAGUGCUAAAAGAAAACAAAAAACAUCAGAAAUUACAGAUAUGUACGCUGUGGGUCUCAGUUUAACUAAAUGAAAUUUAAUAAAUUUUUUAAAUUCUCCAUCUGUGUAUAAGUAUCCAUUACUAUUAAGAACAAUUAUAAAUAAAUUCAAUGACUGUAUAAAACAUCAUUUAUUUACAUCACAAGCAAACAUCAAAGAAUUUCAUUCAGCAGUUACCCAUUUAUUAUAUUAGUCCGCAAGUCAUUAACACGAAUAACAUGACACAAUUAUAUAUUUACUUCAUUAAAACUUUAGAAAUAAAAAAAAAUAAUAAGUUGUACAAAAAUGUCCUACAUAUAUAUAUAUAUAUAUAUAUAUAUAUAU